AUGGCAAAAAGCAGGGGAAGUUUGGGGAGGGAUCUUGAAAGUUUGAGUGAGGGUGUGAAGGUUCUGGACCCAACAUCUGGACCUGUCGUUACUCGCAAUAUAUUUGGGCUUUCUAGUCUUUCCGGAAACAUCCAGGAUUUACAUCUUAGGGGGCAAGAAAAGGAUAUUUCUACAUUGAUCCUUAUUUUCUCAGAUAAGCCAUUACUUUUUACUGUCUUCCUUAGGAAACCUUGCAUUGGAGGAAACUCUUGGUUGACUGCAAUGAAGAAAGCUUUUAGGUCUCCUACAAAGGAAAAUGAGAGGAGAAGCUGUAGAAUGAGAGAAGAUAGCGAACAAGAGGAAGAAGAGAAGAAAAGAGGAAAACGAAGAUGGAUUUUCAAGAAGCCGUCGUGUCAGGAAACAGUAAUACAACACAGUGAAGAAAGGACCACAACUACAACUGCUAAUGCUAAAGCGACCACCAAUCCAGAAACCUCGGUACUGAAUGCUAUUCCUGAAGCUGAGGAAAGACACGCCAUUGCAGUGGCCAUAGCCACCACAGCAGCUGCUCAAGCAGCAGUAGCAACAGCCCAAGCAGCUGUAGAAGUUGUUCGCCUCACGAGGCCUUCCAUUUUCGUCAGGGAACACAUUGCUGCCGUUCUUAUACAGGCAGCUUUCAGAGGAUGUCUGGCAAGGAGAGCUCUCAGAGCACUCAAGGGGCUGGUGAAGCUGCAAGCCUUGGUGAGAGGCCAAAAUGUUCGAAAGCGAGCAAAUAUUACUCUUAGAUGCAUGGAGGCUAUGGAUCGAGUGCAAGCCCGAGUGCGUAAUCAACGUAAGCGGCUUUCGGCGCAUGAAGGAAGCAGAGACUCCAUAUUCAGUGACCCCACCAGCUUAUGGAGCUCGCAUCUGUUAGACAGGAAGUCCAUUUCUAAGGAAGAAAGCAGCAAGGUCGAUGAUUGGAUCCAUUGGAACGAGCACCCGAAAACACCGGAGGAGAUUCAGGCCAUUGUGCAGAAAAAAAAGGAAGCUACCUCGAAACGUGAAAGAGCUCUUGCGCAUGCCUUCUCUCACCAGGUUGAUGUUUCGGUCCCUGACCUGUCUUUACAUGACUGAUGUAUUCUUUACUAAAUUUGCGAAAUAACUAAUGAAACUAUUUCCUGCAUCCGUUUCCUGAAAAAGAUUUGGAGAACUGACAGAGACACUGUCGAAAGUGAGGAAGAGCUUGACGAGGAAACCAGAUGGGUUGAUCGGUGGACAACAAGGAAGCAAUGGGAGAGUACUGGCAGAAUGUCGUGUGGCCAAAUAGAUCCCAUAAAAACAGU